AUGACCAACGAAGGCGUGUCAUGGAAGCACAUUCCACCAAACUCUCCUCAUUUUGGAGGAAUUUGGGAGGCGGGCAUAAAGUCGUGCAAGGCUCAUUUAAAGCGAGUAUUGGGUAAUGCUAUUUUAACUUUUGAAGAUUUUUAUACGGUUUUGACACAGAUCGAAGCAAUAUUAAACUCGAGACCAAUCUCUCCCUUAAGCUCCGAUCCCAAUGACUAUGAUCCCUUAACUCCUAGUCACUUUCUUAUUGGAAAAUCCUUAACAUCUACUCCCGAUCCAUCAGUGCUUGAAACCCUUGAUAACAGGCUUUCUCGGUAUCAACGACUACAGAAACUUGUGCAACAUUUUUGGAAGCGUUGGCACAAAGAAUACGUAUCGGAGCUGCAGGCAAGAACAAAAUGGCAAGUUCAACCAUCGCAACCAGCUGAGGUAGGCGAUAUGGUAGUGGUCAGAGAAGACAAUUUACCUCCACUACACUGGCGAUUGGGGCGUAUUCUUGACACACAUCCAGGAGAUGAUGGACUUGUGCGUGUUGUGACAAUCAAGACACAAAAUGGUGUACUCAAACGUGCAAUUAAUCGAGUUUGUGUGUUACCAAAACAAUAG